AUUAAUAAAAGUGAAAGACAAUCAUCAUCAUGUAAACUUGCAGUGAGUAAACAACAUCUCCUUUAAAAGACACAAUUAUAAUAUAGAAUCACUAAUUGUUAGAUAACUAAAUUAAUUAAUUACAAUCACAAUGAGAAAAUGUUACAAAUGUUUUUACUUUUUCAUCUGUUGAGUGAAACUGGCGACACCUCGAAGGCGGAGCUAAUCCAUUAGAAGAAAAAAAAAGAUGAACAAUUUAUUUCUCUUUUUCUCUCUCACAAUCAAGUGUUUCCUUUUGUUCCAACAUGUUGACUUAAUUAUUGAUUCUAAACGUUAAUUGUCAACAUUAAUCAUUACUGAUUCUCUAUUUAAUUGUGUCAAUUAAUUUACAUUCUAUUCUUGUUCUUAACUGAUUUUCCAUCGGCAACGAUUUGGUUGAAAAUCUUUUUUUUUACUGUUAAUUUUGUUCUUCUCUUGUUGUUUAAUUCACUUGUUAAUCUCUUCUUGUUUUUUUCUCUCUCUCUCUCUCUACAAUCAAUGUAAUUUCUAAAUCAGUUUGUUUGAUUAAAGAGCUGAUUGUUUUGGUUUCUAAUUUCUUCUUUAAUCGUUUAUUAGAAGUGUUUAUUUCUCCGUUGGGUGUUUUGAUUUCCAGUGUUUACAAUGUUUUUCUAUUCUUUUCUACCAAACUAAAUUCUAUUCUCGUUUGCUUGUAACUUCAUUUUCAUCACUUGAAACAUUUUACUUUUGGAAAAAAAAUUCAUCUCUAAAUCAACAUUAUCCUUGUGUGUGCUGUUCAAUUACAAAAGCUCUCUUUCUGCUACUAUUAACUGAAUCAUUUUCUAUCAUCAUCAUCAUGGGUAAUCUAUUGAGAUUAUUAUCAAGAGAUGAACCUCCAAAAUAUGAUGUAUUUGUUGACUUUGAAAAUGCUCAACCAAGUGAAUCGGAGAAACAGAUUUUCCAAGAAGUUGAAAUGGUCUUAAUCAAAGCAUCCGAUUUACUUCAUCAACUUCAAACAUAUAAAGGCGCCAGUAACGAGAUCAGAGAGGCUAUUGCUAAUCCACAGAACGACUUAAUCCAAAUGAAAGCUUGGCAAACGGUAACUCCAUUGGUCGAUAAGCUGAAAGAUUUCUACCUUUUCUCAGUCCAUUUAGAAUCGGUCAUUCCUAAACUAUUGAGAGCCUUAACUAGUGGACCAAUGACACCUCAACAUCAUUUGGAAACUCAACAAGCGCUGGUUAAACAAUUUGCCGAAAUUCUUGAUUUUGUCCUAAAAUUUGACGAUCUUAAAAUGUCCAAUCCAUCGAUACAAAAUGAUUUCAGUUAUUAUCGUCGAACCACUUCCCGUAUAAGUUUACCAAUGGAUUGUAACCUUACACCGGGCACUUUAACCUAUCGACAAUAUCACCAUGAUCUAUCAAAAGAAUUGGCCAAUCGAAUGUCUCUCUUUUACGCUAAUGCAACACCGAUGUUAAAAGUACUUUCCGAUGUCACCUCAAAUUACGUUAUUAGUAAUAAAAAUGUUCCCAUGGACAAUACAACGGAAACCCUUAGUACCAUGGCUAAAGUUUGCCAACGAAUGAUUGAAAAUCCUGAAUUUUGCUCACGUUUCCAAAAUGGCGAUACAAUCCUAUUCGUAUUACGAGUUAUGGUUGGAGUGAUAAUACUUUACGAUCAUGUUCAUCCGUCUGGUGCUUUCUCAAAAUCUUCACCCAUUGAUAUUAAAGGAACCAUCAAAGUGUUACGAGAUCAACCAUCAAAUGUAGUUGAAGGUUUACUAAACGCCUUAAGGUACACCACGAAGCAUCUGAACGAUGAAAAUACUCCCAAGCAAAUUAAAGCUCUACUGGUUUAAUUUACAUGCUAAUUACUUUGGGCCCAGAAAAGAUCAAGUCAAAAGGGAUAUAUCAUUUUCAUCUGUCACACCAUGUGAAUGCUAAAUCCACCCUCUCCUCCAUUUUGGCUUGUCCAACCGCCCAGAGAAAAUGUGCCAACCUGUUUUCCAAGGCAAAAAAAAAGAUUCAUAUUUAUAUAUAUUAAUGAUAAUGAUUAAUGGCAUGAGUGUAACAAAAAACCUUCGGGGUUUCGUUUUCUCCUCAAUCUAAUUAUUCAUCAUCGUAAUCGUUUUACUUAUUUCAAAAGGAAUCAGUUAAAUUGUUAUUUUUCAUUUUAGAUUUGUCAUAUGUUUUAAAUGAUAUAAUAUUCUAAACUCCUUAACUGAUUGACUUGUCAAAGUUAAAUUUCACUUUGAUUAACAAUUUAUACUCAUCGAUAUAUAUUUGCCUGUUGAUAUAUUUAGCUUUAAUUAUAAAUAUAAAAAUAUUUUAUCACUCAUGUUGAUCCUUUAAACCAAAGUGGAAUCCAUAAAGUUAUCAACAUGAAACGUUCAACAAUUUACAUCAAUUUGGAUUGUGGGCUGAUUUUUACGUUGAUGGAACAAACAAAAUUGGAAUUACUUAAUUAUUCAAACAUUGGAUUUCUAAUUGAAAUACUAUUCGCUUUUUCUUGAUAACAAUUAACUUGAAUUACUUUUUGGACCUUUGGAGGGAAAUGUCAGAAUUAAUUGAUCUGCAAUCAUUUCUGUUUGUAUGUUUUUUUUGCCUUAAUUGUAGAUUUGAUUACCAUGUGUCAUUGAUAAUUGUAAUUAUUGACUUUUGUUAUUAGAUUAGUUUUAUAUUACAAUUUGUGAUUACGUUUGAAAUGAUACAGGUUUGAUUAGAGAGAAAAAGAGUCACAAUUAUCAAUUUGCAAGUUAAUUAAAAGAUAUUCAAUCAGCAAGUGUCAA